CGCAGACACUCUUCUAGCUUAGAGACGACCACUCGCAAACUUCCUGCAAACAUGGCCGAGUUGAGGGCGUCGAGGACCGCUGAUAUCCACACGAGAGUCGAGGACUAUCUCAAUGACAAGAUACAAAGUGCCGCUGAUUUGGAUCAAGUAGACAGCCUGCUACUACGAGUCCACGAGCAGCAGGGCCUAUUGAGGCAGCAGCUUGAAGAUGCCCGCAAAGCCCACCGAGAGGUGCAGGCUCGUGUCGAACAACGAUCCCAAGAACUGACCUCGAGAGCCGAAGCUUUCCACCUUCAGAAAGCCGACGUGGAUCGACGACUGCAAUCGAUAGCCCAGACAAAUAUCAGCGAUGACGCUACGAGCAGAAUCGAGGCACGCAUGGGCAAAGUGCGCAAUCUGGAGAUUGCUCAAGGAUACCUCGAUCUGGUCCGGCGAAUGAACACAUUGAGCGAUCAAGUAAAGGACAACCUACAUUCUCAACCAGGUGCAUCAGUACAAGCCCAUAUCGAGUUGAGAAGCUUGUUAAAGAAGGUACAAGAUGCGCAGGGGGCUGCAGAGGGAGCCGCACCGCAGCUGGUGUACACUUUGGAGCGACAAAGUAAGGACAUUUACAACGGAAUCACGAAGGCAUUGGAGGGAGAUCUUCAAAGGACUCUUGAAGAAAUGAAAUGGCCCAGUAAAGAAUUGAAUCUCCUCAGCAACGUCUGUGAAAAAUGGAGCACACAGGUCAGAUUAUUACUCGAGCUGCAAGAUCCGGAUUUGAUAGCAGCAUUUGCCGACAGGGACACUUCGAAUCCCUCUCCUGCCGCUGAACCCGUGGUGCUGCUCCCUCUCGAGGUCAUGGUACAGCCUCUAGCUGCAAGAUUUCGCUAUCACUUCUAUGGAGAAAGGCCGACCAACAGACUCGACAAGCCCGAAUACUUUCUCAAUCAUAUCCUCGAUCUCCUCGACAGGCACAGUGGUUUCAUGUCUGAUAUGCUUGACCCGAUCCUGGACGAGCGGGCGGCGACUUUCGAAUCCUUGGAGGUUAUCUACACAGAUGCUGUGUCUACCUUUAUAACCGCACUGUUGCCGAUGAUCCUUGCCAAAUGCCUAUCCUUCUUGCCCCAGAUAUCUCAACAACCACAACUUCUGUCCCAUUUUAUACACGAACUAAUGGCGUUUGACACUGCGAUCCGCGACACCUGGGGUUAUGUUCCUAUUCCUCGGAUGUUGGCGGACUGGAGAGGAGUAACCUGGAUAAUUCUGAAUACACAUGGCUACUUUGGGCCGUGGUUGGCAGUAGAAAAGGACUUUGCCCUUUCUCGCUAUAAAACUAUUCGGGACGCUCCAGAUAGCGGGGAUAUCGACUUUGAUGCCGACUCGACUCAGACCAAGCCUACCAAGGGAGCCAUCAGGGUCAAUGACUUGCUCGAGACAAUCACCGACCGCUAUCGGGGUCUUUCAUCCUUCAGUCAGAAGAUGAGAUUUCUUUUGGACAUUCAGCUGUCAAUCUUCGAUGACUAUCACAAUCAUCUGCACGGAGCACUCCAAGCAUACCUUGUUUCCUCCCACACCGCGGGUCGGCUCCUCCACGGCCAAUCUGAAGCCGACGCUUUCGGCUUGAAGGGUCUAGAGUCUUUGACCAAGAUUUAUGGAAGUGCUGAAUUCCUUGAACGCAAGAUGUCCGACUGGAGCGACGACGUCUUCUUCCUAGAGCUAUGGGACGAGCUGCAGUACCGCGCCAAGGCUAACAGCAGUGGCAACGCCUCUGUCGGGACAGAUCUCAGAGUAGACGAAGUUGCAUCCAAGACUUCUGACACUAUCAGAUCAAAUGGGCCGGAUAGUGAUGCAGAUGCCGAUGAUGGUGGACUCUUCGACCAAACGGCUUUGGCAUACCGGCGGCUACGGGACCGUAGUGAGGAAGAAAUCCUUCGAGCUUUCGACGUGAACCUGCGAGCUGCCAUCGACCCGUACGCGAAGUACGCUCAAUGGUCGUCCCUUGCUGCAACGCCUUCUGAUUCUGCGUCAAUGAGUCCCUCGCCCAGCCUUGAUGGAUUCUUCCAGACUACAUCAGUACUCCUUGGCUUUCUUGCUGACACGCUCGCACCGGGAUCUUUGCGUCGCAUCACAAGGCGUUAUUGUGCCUCGGUCCAGCGGAGAAUCUUUGAUAAUGUCUUGAUGUAUCACACUUUCUCGGCGGCCGGAGCAAAUCAACUCAAACGAGAUCUGUCAGCGAUUGAGGAAAGUAUAGAAAGGAGCACCAAGCUGCGAGGAGUCGUUGGAGGAAGCAUGAAGCGUCUGGAAGAUGCGGUAUUCCUUCUUUCCCUUGAUGCUGCCACAACUGCAAAUGCCAGCAUCGAGGAUGGAGAUGAAGACGGAUGGGGCUUUGAUGAGGAAGAGGCAGGCCCGCCAACAGAAAAUGCUCCCGCUGUCUCUGCUGGGAAUGACUUUGUCGAGAAGGAGUGGGGUUUGUGGGAUGCAGAAAAGCUCAUUUUUGAGAGCAAUGAAGCGGCGCGAAAAGCGCUGGCAGAUAUGGGAUUGUAUCAUUUGAGCGAGGCCGAAGCGAGGAACGUCUUAAAGCGAAGAGUUGAGCUCAAUGGUUGAUACUAUCUACAGGUCCCAGUAAAAGAUGGAUACUGUACUGAGCGCAUAUUAGGGGCACGUCAACCUC